AUGGUUCAAACAUAUUGUGUAAAGUGCCAAGCUAAAACAAAUUCAGUAUCUGAGAAAUUGGAAAUUACAGGAAAUGGACAAAAUCAAUUGAUUGGUAAAUGUGUUGUUUGUGGUACCAAUAAACAUACCUUUGUAUCUAAGGAUGGAUCGAUUAAAUUAAAGACUCCUGCUGAAGAAGCUAUUGCCAGAGAAAAAAAGGAAAAAGCUAAAGAACGAAAAAAAGCAUUGCAACUUGCUAAGAAGAUUAUAAAUAAUCAAAAAUCUUA